AUGACAACAAUGUUCGUCCAACUGCUCCGCGUGGUGUACCUGUUGGUACUUCUGCACUUCUGUACGUGUGUGGCAUAUGCGCAAAAUGCGAAAGAAUCUGCAGAAGACGUAUUAAGCAAGGAAAAAAGAUUAAGGGAGAUUGAAGAUCAUCUUAAUGCCACACGUAAUAACACAUUUAUUAACUUACGAAAAUUUAGGCGUGAAAGGAAAUUAUUCAGUAAGAAUACUGAACUUGCCAAAUUUGCUGCAGAAGAAGCCGAUAAUAUUUGCCAACAGAUUGAAACUGUGAUAAAGAAGAAAAGAACGGCUACUCUGAAUGUAAGCGAUCUCGCUGGGAAUCUAACUGAAGGGUUGCUGAAGAAUGCUACAGAUGCAGUGCAAAAAGUCAAAAAUGCUGUUGGCGAUAUGAGAGGAUCAGCGUCCACGCUAAGGGAGUUGGGCAAUUCUUUUUAUGAGGCGUAUGACAAUUUAAGCAGUUUAAUAUGGGCUCAUAAGCCUGCGUUGGAGAGAUAUUUAAUUGCAAUUAAUGAUACAAAAGAGCAGGAAGUCAACAUGACCAAACAAAAGAUGGUCGCUCGAAAGAGCGAGAGGAAACGGAAAAAGGCAGAGACACUCAAGGAGCGUGCCAUUCACGCCGGUAAACAGUGUUUUCAGUUUGAGAGGGAGGCGAAUUCGCAAGCUGUAAGUGCGGAAAACAAAAUGAGAAAGCUUGAAAAUCUUAUACAUCGGGUCGAAGCUCUCUUUCAAAUAAGUUCUAAAACCACGUCAAAGGUACCAGAGAAUGAUUCGCAAGAAGUAAGAGAGAUUCGAACUCCUGAAGAAGUGACCAAAGCGCCCGAAGUGACCGAAGAACCCGCAGUGACCAACGCCGCCGAAGAACCCAAAGUUCCCGAAGUACGCGACGUGACUGAAGAACCCGAAGUGACCGAAGAAACUAAAGUGACCGAGGUGACCACC